AGUACAUACAUAGGCAGGCGGUUUACAUGCCUACCUGGGUGCCUAUCUACAUAUAGGUACACUCGCUAUACUCGAUACGGGGAAAUGGUGAUGCCGAAUAAGUGUACUGUUAGUUAGUUUGGUUCUAUAGAAGAGCCGAUUUAUUUCCCCGCGUUCGGCUCCACCGCGCGUUCGAUCUGACGAACGGUUCGAUGCUUCCACCCGAUGGCCCCCCGAUAACCUACUAUACUAUUACCUUGUCUACCUUACAUACCUCAUCCCUACCUUCUACCCAGUAGGUAGCUACCUACAUGUAGGUCAACGUGACUACUAUUCAGGUCAGCCGCGUAUAGCUUGGGUGGAAAUUUGACCCGUCAGGAUUUUUUUGCUCUAAGGAAUCAAGCGAAACGAGGGUAUCACGAGGAGAUUUGGGUAGCUCAGUCAAGAAAGAUUUUGCUAUCCUAGGUAUUACACCUUGAACGACCAACCAAUAAUGGCGGGCCCAGCAGAGGAGCAACAGCAGCAGCACGCGGACUUCCGCAAGUACCUCCCCGACCUGUCCACGCCGCGGUUCCAGGCGAUCGCGCAAAACGACGCCAAGGGCCACUCGCGCGAGCUGCUCGAGCACCACCGCCCGCCCUGGCUGUACGGCCUGUACGUGCACUGGCGCAAGCUGUUCGAGGAGCCCUUCCGCGGCGUGACCAGCGACGGCAUCGUGCGCGCGCCGCCCUCCCCCCUCUUCCCGCUGCGCGACGAGGGCGUCCCCGCGGCGCUCAUCGCCGCCGCCGCGCAGCACGUCAUCGCGCUGCUGUCCCCCGCGCAGGCCGUGCGCACGCUGCUCCACAUCGACUCCCCCGAGUGGCGCUCCUGGUCGAACCCGGAGUUCCUGCUCAGCGACAAGGGGGUCCGGCUCGAGGAGCUGGCGCCCGCGCAGAGGGAGAGCGUGCUGGGGCUGCUGGAGAAGACGCUGAGCCCCGAGGGCUACGCGAAGGCGCUGGCGGCGAUGCGCAUCAACCAUUUCCUCGGAGAGCUGGUCAACGCGCCGAGGGUGAUGAACCAGCACAGCUAUAACUUCGUGCUGUUCGGGACGCCGGUCGCCGACCGCCCGUGGGGGUUCAGCUUCUACGGGCAUCACCUGUGUCUCAGCGUGUUCCUGCACAAAGGGCAGAUCGUGAUAAGCCCGUGGUUCACGGGCGCGGAGCCGAACACCAUCGACGCGGGCCCGUGGAAGGGGACGCGCAUCCUGCACGAGGAGGAGAGGCUGGGGCUGGAGCUUAUGCAGAGCUUAAGCGAGGGGGAGAAGAAGACGGCGACGGUGUACAGGGAGAUGAAGGACCCGGCGAUGCCGAAGGGCCGCUGGAAUCAUGACGAUCAGCGGCACUUGUGCGGCGCGUACCGCGACAACCGCGUCGUGCCGUACGAGGGCGUCGUCGUCUCGGCACUGGGGCCCGCGCAGCAGGCGCUCGUGAAACAGAUCCUCAACGAGUACCUCCUGUACCUCCCCGCGCGCGCGCGCGAGCUCAAACUCCAGGACUGCGAGGAGUGGUUCAAGGAGACGUACUUCUCGUGGAUCGGCGGCCACGGCGAGCAUGAUCCGUUCUACUACCGCAUACAGAGUCCUGUGGUGCUGGUUGAGUUCGACCACCACUCGGGCGUCUUUUUGGCGAAUAGUGAGCCGGCCAAGUUUCAUAUACAUACGCUGCUGCGCACGCCGAAUGCGGGGGACUAUGGGUUUGCGCUGAGGAAGCAGGUUCAGGGGGUCGUGAGCCAGGAGUAUGUGUGGGAGGAGUAGGUGAGGUAGGUGAUGAUGGGAGCGUAUGUGUGUGAGCGUUUGGUCGAUGGGCUUUGGACUCGCUGGGUAUAAAGGGGCUUGGAAAUGGAUAAGGGUUUUGGAGAGAGUUUGGGAGGAAGCCAUUUAGGUACAUAGCAGGCGCGGAAAAGGAUGGGAGACUGCACUGAAGGCACUGGAGGUAUUUCAACAUACAUGAACACCUAAGUAGGGUGAUAUAUGUCGGUAGGUAGGUAGUCGAUGGUGUAAAUACCACGCGAUAGUAUAUAAAUCACUUAUACUCA